GCGUUUAUCAAUUUUCUGGUUACUGAAGCAAAACAUCAACGGCCUACGCUUUUAUGCUAUUCAUCAACCUCUAAUCCACUUUGGUUAUCAUGAUUUAAUGCAUUCCAGAUGGCUGCAGAUGACCUCAAGGCGCGUUCUUAUCCAACGAUAAGUAUGGUCGAUUGGACAUCUGCAGAACCAGUUUCGUCUACUUUCGCAGCCCAGCUUGCCCCUCGCCUCUCUUCCGAAGGAACCCAAGUACAUAGUUUAACAAGAGAAGCGUUUUCAGAGCUCCGUCAAGAGCUUGUGGAAGGAAAAUACAGUCAACUCCGCCUCGACGACAGUGUUACCGAUGUUAGCAAAUUGAUUUGUAUUGUGAUAAAGGCCGGUUUGGAACCUUGUAUAAAGGAUGAGAACCCGGACAACGAGGAGUGGAGUGGGCAACUCUUCGACUGUUUAGACAUCAUUCAAACAACCGUCGAGAAAGCGCCUCGAACGUUACUGGAUAUCCCGGAUCCAGAAAUAAUUGGGGAAAAGGCCUAUGCUCCGCUAUACGCUUGGUUAGUGGUUCGGCUUCUUCACCUGCUCAGUGCUCGGAACAGCAACGGUAGCAUUGGGGAGAAAAUAAUUGGGGUCUACUCGAGUAUCAUCCGCGCUCAAUAUAAACAUACCAGGCUGUGGUCGUCUUGCCAUGCGAUCUCCGCAUUUUUGCGGGGUUGCGCAACCGAUAUUCUACUCUCCCUAGAAGAGCUCAAUUUUCGAGGACGGCGGGAUGGCUCUCUGUCUAGGCUAUUUAUACCCCUAUCUGAUGGUCCUCUUUCUGUAGCAUUAGGCAAACUUGGCCUCCCUCAUGGACUAUUCGAGAAGAAACUCAAAUUCAGGACAUUUCCGAGCGCUGCUAUUGUAUCGCUCAGUCUAUUUGACUCUUUCCUGCCGCGCCAGAGUGUCGGUUUCCCAUGUGCUAACAAAUCUCCUUCCGUUCGCCAAAACCUCGCCUGGGUCCUAAAUGGCUAUCUACGCCUGUGGAAAGUCAUUUUUAGUUGGCUUCAAAAUCCGAGUACAGAUAAUGUUGAGACUAAAGCUCAAGUCUGUUCACAAUUCCUGAUCUCCGUUCGCUCAAGUUGCCCUUUCGGAUCAUCAUCUGAAAUAGAGAUUGCACCCGAUUUCCUCCAGAUAAUAGGCGAUAUACUGGAAUGGGAAAAUUUGAGCGAUUUUUCCUCCCUUCAACUAACUUUGAGCCAGUGCAUUGAUGAGUUAGCUAAUUUUUCCGACUAUACAGAGAAGCGCCUGAGGUCCAUUAGAACACUCUUAACCUCUCUAGGUGAUGCUGCGAAGAGACCUAGUUUCCAAUCGCUUGACCCACAUCUCCAGGCCACCGUACAGGGAUUUCUAAAGAGACUCGUCCAGAUUCGUUCAAAGCCGGAGCCUGUGAAGAGUUCACCCAGGAAUAUUAGUGAUAAACCCAUGCUAGACAAUUUCACUUGCGUACAAAGAUUUGCGCUGCCAGACCGGACAUCUGAAAGUGAUGAGAUCGCACAAGCAUCCAAACGUCGUUGCCUCCCACGGCUGGAGAAUGCACAAGAUGAGUUAAAUAUAGCUCAGCAAUUCAUCUCUGUUUUGCUGAAGAUGCUCCGCUUUGACGGACCCGAAAACUUAGACAGCCUAAACUUGGCAAUCUCUGAAAACUUUUUUGCGCUCUCCGAGCCAGCAAAAUGUGAAUUUCUAGGUACUUUGAGCCGGCUUCCUUGCGCCAUGGCCGGCAGCUUAACUGGGCUUGUUGAAAAUGUCAUAAGAGGCGCGCAACCCUGUCUUGCUUGCGAUUGUGAGCCGUAUGAUCACGAUUCUGGACUGAAUUGGCAAACACACGACGGCGAUGCUUUAUGCAAAAUCUUAUCAUUUAUAAUCCCGAGACUAUCCCGCUCCCCUGCCCUUAGAGUAACCGCGAUGGCAACAUUGAAACGAACCCUAAUGCACACUGCAAGCUUAACCCAUCUGCAACUGUCUUCUUCAGCUUUUGGUGAUUUCUUUCUAAGUUCGCUAAGAAGUUCAGUGCGAGAGCUUCGAGUUAUCACUGGACAUUCGGUAAUUUGUUUCGUACGUAAGAGCUUAGAGGAUGAAACUCAGCGGAGCAAUUUUGUUGUCAUCCUGGAGUGGUUGAAGAGCCUUUCUGAAAAGCAAGAAGCGUCGUUGCAUGAGACUUGUAUUAUGACCAUGUGCCGACUUGCCAAGUUUUCAAAUGAUGAGGAAAUGAACAUUAUCCUGCUUCGUCUUAUUGAGUAUCUCGGGCACCCAAAUCCUUUCGUCUGUGCAGUAGCAUACACUGAAUUAUCAAAGCUGGCGCAGCAGUUUUCUGUCACUCCCGCAGGGUUGUUUCGGCCUUUUUGGAGAACCCUCUCCGUUACAGUUGCAAAAACCCUGCAGUCUCGCCCUUAUAUGGCAGAGCAACUUUGUGACUUACUCGGGAUGAAAGUAGAUGAUUUUCUCCGACUUACAGAAGUUUAUGUUCUUCCUCAUUUGGUGGUUUCACGAAAACAUGAUAUCAUUGCUAGAAUUGGAGGGACCUACAAAGAUGUCAAAACUCCCUUUGAUAUAUGCUCAGAGAAGAAUAAUCUCGCAGCCAUACUAGCCUUUUUAUUAUCUCAGCCCUCUUCAGAUUCAGAAAAAAUGAUCAUGUCGACCUUAUCCGCCGUGGACCCGGCCUUCGAAGGGCGCACUCUAGCAGAAUUGGUGAGAAUUGAACCUAUUUUAAUUGCGUGCGACCUCCUGAAAGGCCUUGGGGAUAUGGGGGAAGAAAAAGGAGCAAGGUUUCAUCGAGCGUUGCAUAUUCUUGCAUCUCUGGUGCCUCGAAAGUCCACCCAUGCACCCAAAAAAUCAAAUUUGAUAGGUCACUUCGUCGAAGAGCAUGUUCUUGGAAUAAUAACGCAGUUCGCUCAUGCCAUUAAUGAUUUCCAAAUACGUCAGCCUAUUGUUGAAAAGAAAAGAAACCUCAUAGCCAUUGGAGCAAUGAUCAAAGUUGCCCCGGGUCAUAUCAGCAGUGCUUUGCCUCAGAUAUGUGCCUGCCUGCGGGCUGCUUUGGAAAUCAGGGAACUUUGCAGUAAUGCCUUCACGGUCUGGGGAAUUCUGAUCAGCUCCUUGCACGAAGAGGAAGUUGAGCCUCUACUUGAUCAAACGCUGUCCAUCUUGAUUAGACACUGGGAAAAUUUCACUAAAGAGGCCAGACAAUUUGCUUAUGAAAUUGUGGAUCAUAUCCUGGGAUCGUACAGUGAACUAAUGCAAGAUAUUUUCAGCACAAUGCCCUCGCUAGCUUCAAUACCUGUGAUGUCUAAAUUCGAGGACAAGAUAAAUGAGAUGAAGGAGAGGAUGGACGUCCGAAGCCAUUUUUUGGCAUUUGCCCGCCGUUGCUUGAGUGAGAACGCUACAGUUGUUGAACAAGCCCUUGCUGAGCUUGUUCUCUACCUCUCAAAGCACGAAGAGUUCGUUCAUCGAUCCGUCUUGAGCGAGCAGCCUGACCCAGCAGUAGCGCAAUUAGUACGCUCCCUGCUUGACUGCUGUGUGAAGUUCAAUACUACCUCGGAGUCCAUUACUCUUCUUUCAGCUCGAUGCCUGGGUCAUAUCGGCUGCCUGGAUCCAAACCGAGUGGACACAAUCAAAGAGAAGAAGGAAAUUCUGGUUUUGUCAAACUUUGAUAAAAUGGAGGAGACCUUCGAAUUUGUGCUCUUUUUCCUUCAACACGUUUUAGUUGACGCCUUCCUGUCCGCCUCUAAUACUAGGGCCCAGGGAUUUCUUGCCUAUGCUAUGCAAAACUUGCUUAAAUUUUGCAAUCUGAACCCCACCGUCACGCAACGCUCUCGUACGAUUCAGACAGACGAGAAAUAUCAACGGUGGCUAGAACUUCCUGAGGCUGUUCGCAACACUCUAACACCUUUCCUAACAUCAAAAUAUACUGUUACCGUUGGCACCGUUAGCUCUAACGGCAGCUAUCCUUUAUUUUCGGCCGAGCUAACUCAUGCCGAUUGGUUAAGAGGCUUUGUCCAAGACCUUCUACAGAGUGGGAAUGGCGAUAACGCAAAGUCCGUGUUUAGUGUUUGCAGUCGCAUAAUCAAGGGACAGGACAUAUCAAUAGCGUCAUUUCUCCUGCCAUUUGCCGUAUUAAACCGCGUGGUGGGAGGAACCCAGAAAGAGAAAGAGGAUUUGCAGUGUGAGUUGGUCAAUAUUCUUUCUUACCCCCUUCCUGAAACCAGUAAUCAGGUACACGAAGCCGUCCUCUUGUGUAGCCAGAGUGUUUUUGAAGUUCUGGACUACCUUUCGAGGUGGUUGCAGGGGAAGAAAAAGCAGCUCAAUAGCCUUAGAAAUCAUGGUCAGGGCUCGCAUAGAGUUUCCAAGGAAAGCUCCAGGGAUUUACUCCUAGACACGUAUUCAUCACAAAUUAAAGCCGUGGAGGGUCUUUUGAGCGGUAUCCCACCCGAAGUUAUUUCCAAGAGAGCAGUGGAGUGCAAGUCCUUUUCCAGGGCGCUGUUCCAUUGGGAACAAUACAUUCGUCAAUAUAAAAUGCAACCCGAAAAGCAGCAACACGGCAGCAUCGAAUCCCUUUACCAGCAUCUUCAGAAUAUCUACAGCCAAAUAGAUGAGCCGGAUGGCAUAGAGGGCAUUUCAACCCACUUGCAUGUGCUUGACAUCGAUCAACAGGUUCUUGAACACCGAAAAGCAGGAAGAUGGGCAACAGCGCAAAGUUGGUACGAGUUGCAACUUGAGAAAGAACCCGAAAACAUCGACGCCCAAUGCAAUUUGUUUACGUGCCUCAAGGAAUCAGGGCAGCAAGAUGCAAUCCUGACCCGCUUUGAAAUCCUGAAAACACCAACGUCUGUUUCUAAAUUCCUUCCUUUCGCAGUGGAGGCAUCUUGGAUGACAGGUAAAUGGGAGAAAAUGCACAGUUAUCUCGACCUUUGUACACAGAAGCGUACAGCGGAUUUCAAUAUUGGGGUUGGAUCAGCUCUUGAUGCUUUCCGCUGUGGCCACAAAAAGGAAUUUGGUGAGAUCAUUAACAACUUAAGACUCAGCGUUACCAAGUCUCUCACCACGAAUUCCGUUACAUCUUUGCAAUCAUGUCAUGAUAACAUGCUGAAGCUACAUGCUCUGACAGAGGUAGAAUCUGUCGCUUUAGUGGAAAUAGAUGCAAGCAAAAACAACGACUCGCGUUCAGAAUUACAGGAUUCCUUGGACCGUCGAUUAGAUGUUCUGGGAGGGUAUAUCUCUGACAAGCAGUAUCUUCUUGGUCUAAGGAGAGCCACAAUGGAACUGACUGGCUGUUUCGCAGACUCUGACAUAGCGGCAGCCUGGUUGACUACCACGCGUUUGUCAAGGAAAGGUAACUUUGGCAACCAAGCGUACCAGUCAAUGCUUAAUGCCGCCAACCUGAAGGAUCGGUCUGCUACAAUCGAGCAUGCCCGACUUCUCUGGAAAGAUGGUCAUCAUCGGAAAGCCAUCCAAAUACUAGAGGGUGCGAUAGCUGCUAAUGAGUUUUCAUCGACGUCAUCCGCAUCCAUUGGCCCAAAUUCUGCGCCAACUUCAACCCGUGAAAAGCACCAAAACUUACUUGCAGCACGAGCACAUUUACUGUUGGCAAAAUGGACAGACAGAGCUGGGCAGACUCAGUCAGAUAUGAUAGUGCAGAGAUAUCGAGAAGCCAUCAAGCUCCAUUCCAGAUGGGAAAAGGCCCACUAUUAUCUCGGGAAGCAUUACAACAAAAUAUUGGAUUCAGAAAAGUCCAAGCCAUUAGGCAAGGAAGCACAGAUUUAUUUGAGUGGCGAGGCAUCGAAGCUAGUCAUUGAUAACUACCUGCGCUCAUUAGCUCAUGGAAAUAAAUACGUGUUCCAGUCAUUGCCGAAGGUCUUGACGCUUUGGCUGGAGCAUGCCUCGACUGUUGAACAGCCGUUUGACCCGAAAAGGGGUGAUAAUGAGGACUUCCAAGCGCACACAUUGAAUCAAAGAAAAAAGAGCCUUGACGACAUGCAUUCACAGUUGAAGAAAUAUGUAAACAGAAUGCCAUCAGCGCUGCUCUUCACCAUUCUUCCUCAAGUCGUGGCCCGAAUAUGCCAUCCUAACGUCACGGUGUAUAACCUCCUGACGAAAAUUGUAGCGAAAUCAGUAAAUUCUUUCCCCCAACAAGGGUUAUGGACGGUGCUUGCUGUGGUCAAAUCAUCUUCAAAAGAUCGAGCAUCGAGAGGCUUUACGUGUCUCCAAAAGAUCAUGGAUAUGAACAAGAAAACGAAGACAGAUGGAACCUCCGACAUCCGCGGAAUGAUCAACCAAGGCCAGAAGUUUUCAGAAGAAAUGUUAAGGCUAUGUGUGGCCCGAAUCGAGAAUAAGAAGACAUCCAGAAUCAAUCUUGCUCGACAGCUUGGAUUCAACCACAAGGUGGCUCCAUGCCGACUAGUCGUACCAUUCCAAGCGAUGCUUACCCCGAGCUUACCUGCUAGCCAUGACUCUGAGUACCUAAAGGGGUUCCGGGCUUUCCCACGAGACCCUACGACUAUCGAAGCUAUUCUUGAUGACGCCCAGAUUCUGAACUCGCUCCAGAAGCCCCGGAAAAUCAGCAUCCGAGGAUCAGAUGGCAAGAUCUACAAUAUCCUAUGCAAGCCAAAGGAUGACCUUCGUAAGGACCAGCGUCUAAUGGAAUUUAACAACAUGAUCAAUCGAUUCUUGAAAAAGGAUGUUGAGUCAAGCAAACGGCGCAUGUAUAUCAAAACAUAUGCCGUUACUCCGUUGAAUGAAGAAUGUGGGCUUAUUGAAUGGGUGGAUAACCUCAGAACACUGAGGGACCUCAUCACUAAGCUGUUGAAAGAGAGAGGAGUCACAUUGAAUUACGAUCAAAUCAAACAUUAUCUCAAUGAAGCGUGUUCGGAUGUAUCUAAGCUCCCGCUGUUCACAGAUAAGAUUCUGGCAAUGUUUCCUCCAGUUUUGCACGAGUGGUUUGUAGAGAUGUUCCCUGAGGCUGGCGCUUGGUUUGCAGCAAGACUUCGCUACACGCGGUCGUGUGCUGUAAUGUCCAUGGUUGGAUAUGUCCUCGGACUUGGAGAUCGCCACGGUGAAAACAUUUUAUUCGAAGAAGGUACCGGGGGUGUUCUGCAUGUUGAUUUUAACUGUCUAUUUGACAAAGGUUUAACAUUCGAUAAACCUGAGUUGGUGCCAUUCCGCCUCACCCAAAAUAUGGUGGAUGCGUUUGGUGCCUACGGAUAUAACGGCCCUUUUCGAAAGACAUGUGAACUCAGCCUUGAUCUGCUGCGCCAGAAUGAGGACGCGCUUAUGACAAUCUUGGAGACAUUCUUGCAUGAUCCAACAACAGACUUCAUUGGCAAAAAGCGCCGCACACACGCAAAUGUCCCCGAGACCCCCGCGGGCGUUUUAGAAAAUGUCCGUAAUAAACUCCGCGGUCUCCUUCCUGGCGAAUCAGUCCCAUUAUCGGUGGAUGGCCAUGUAGAUGAAUUGAUCAUACAAGCAACCGAUAUUAAAAACCUAGCGGCGAUGUACAUCGGUUGGUUCGCUUUCUUCUAGGGUGGAAUUUAAACCUGGCAUAUCUUCCGAUGUUCUUCGAAAUAAGGCUAUUUCCUGUGUAGGAAAAUAAUCGAGUGAAUCAUCAGAAUAAAGCUAUUAUAUCGGUUACAUUAAUCUUCCAAAACCCCGCUGCAAUCUGAUUAGAUGGGAUACGUGAAUUGAAUUUGUUAGCCAUGAUGGCGUUAGAAAACUCGCAAGGCACUGCGCAAGGGAAUCUCUUGUCGUUGAAUCAUAUCUACCGCUUGGAUGAAGGUCCAUACCGAUUGCGGCCUUUUUCUCGACUUGGG